CUUUCCUGCUGUUUGCUUUUCUACUGGGACAAAUGGCAGUCUGAUUUCUGGGUAGAGAUUCCCCUUUAAUCACUAAGCCUUGGCAUUUGUCAGGUGUGUCCCUCCCUGCGGACACCUUUCCUCUGCCUCCUCUCAGGGUAGACACAGCAGCUUAGCAGACAGCCAGACCUCUGGCCGCCUGGAGUCCCUCUUUCUGUCACCAAUGGUUGCGGCCAUUUUUCUGGCCUCACUAUCUGCCCGCAGCAGCCCAUUCAGGCAGAAGCCGCUGUUCCACGCCAGCGUGAGAGACAGGAGAGGGGCAGUAGGCCUCCACAAGCCCGCGGCUCUCUGCUAAGAGAAGGACCAGGCGGGAGGCUGCAGGGGGGAAGGCAGCACGUGGCGAUCCCACGCACAGGCGCCCUUCCCCUACGGGAGCAGCCCCUGCCGCCCCAGCCUCGCAGGUGCGCCCACUCACGUCAGAGGAGGCCGCACCUGGUGAGAGCACUGUGUUGUCCACCCCGUGCCGGAGAGUGCUGCUUUGGUACUGGGGUAGCAGGGCUGGAUGCCUCAGUGGGUAACACAGUCUUUGCAAUGUCUGGGUUACAGAAGAAACACUGGUGAGCUGAGCAAGGUUGACAGUCCUCUUCUUGGGACCCCUACUCCUCGCCCCCUCUACACAAAACAUACCUAGGGGUUCAACCUUAGUACUUUAAGACAUUGCAGAGCUCACAUAAGACAGUGACCUCUCUUGCACCCAGAUAAGCAAAGCUAUUCUGGAUGACCUCCUGGGGAAUUCCAAAUGGGCUGGUUUCAUUGAGACCUGGAAAAGAUCCUCUCCAAAGGAGAAUUUAAGAUGUGGACCAGGUGACAGCUUUCUGCCUGGCCCGUCUAUCUCUUCACUCUUGCAGCUCUGUGUGUCUGUCUUCACUCUGCCUUGCAGACCGUGGGCACUCCCCAGCACUCGAGGGCCCAAGAGAGGGAGUCUGGUCGUGGGCCGCAUAGCUGUGUUACAUGAGCCCUUUGAGGAUGUGAACUGGUUCCUCUGAUUGAAUCAUCUCUCACCCACAGCCAGAGAGUGUUCAGGCGGACCCUAGCUGCCUGAUGGCGGACCCUAGCUGCCUGAUGGCUGCUAACACUUGGAUUAAAAAACUGACUUGCCUCAAAUCCUGGAGCAGUAGCUGUGCUCAGUUUGGGAAACAGAUGUGUGAAAAUGUCCUAUGUAUGGGCACAUGGAUGUUCAGGGGAACCUACUCCACAGAGCAGUACUUCUCAAACUUUAAUGUGCGCAGGAAGCACCUGGAGCUCUUAUUAAAGAUGCACAUUCUGGUUCAGCAGGUCUGGGGUGGGGCCCCAAGUGAUGCUGAUGCUGCAGCUCCAUGGACCGUGCUUUGAACAGCAAGUCCUGAGGGCAUUCAGCUUUAUUCCACGAUGCACUCAUGCUCAUCAGUUACCCCACCUCCUCUUAGCUUCCUACUGAUGGACUGAUGUUCUAGUGUAGACGUUCUCCAGCUUGUCAAAACAGGGCUAAAACUAGGACACACUCCUUACAUAGACAGCGUGUCACCUUUAAACUUCAUGCAGAUUCAGAGGGGGAAACAACUUGACAAUAAAUGUUUCCCCCAUCCUUCCCUUGUCAGAAAUGAAUAAAUGGCAGGAACGACUCACCAUGAAUGCAGCAUUUUGAAAAAUUACUUUCUCCCCAUGUAUAACUUGACUUUCUCACUAAAUUGUUCUCUGUAGCAUGAUCUGGUAGAGUACUCAAUUAAAAGCUUCGAAAAGAACUACAUUUUUGUGGCCCUGGUGGCACCAGAGUUUACCUGGCAAGCUGGUGGCACGUGAGGAUAUGAUACCAGGAAAAGUGCUCAGGACAGAGGAAGAGAUUCGAGGUCCUGAAAUGCUGAGGAGUGAGAAGUUCUCCAUAUUCUGACUACCGUAGGGCAUGGAGAUCACACACACACACCUGCUCCCAAGAGAGCAUUUGGGUUGCCCAGACGACAAACAUUCUAAGUGCAGUUGACAUCACAAGAAGGCCCCAUGAUUCCACUCACCAGCGAGGUUAUCCCUUUCAAAGAUGGAUGGAGUCUAUUGCAAUAUUAAAAAUGUUGAAGAUCAUUUUGACUUGUCAUUCAUCAGUGGCCUGUCUUGAUGGAGAAUGCCCAGAGAGGAGGAAGGAUAGAGUAGAGAUGUGACUGUGAUGUUAUCUGUUUGCCCCUCUGUUCUUUAGUGUCACUUUCUGUCUGUUUCUGUCACCGCCCUCGGCUCUGGCGUCCUCUGUCCUCUCAGAAUGACCUCCUUGCUUGGUUUUUCAUCUGCCUAACCUCUGCUUUAGUUUCUGGUUUUUUAGUUUGGAAUAUAUUUUUUACGUUUUCUUUGGAAAUAAUUUCAAACUUAUAAAAACUUACAAAAAUAACAGUACAGAGAACAUCCAUGUAUCCUGUAUCCAGGUUUUCCUGCCAUUAACAUUUCACUCCAUGUACUUUAUCAGCUCCCUCCUCCCUCUGUGUGUAUGUGUAUUCAUUUCUUUUUUCCUGAGAUAUCUGAAGGUAAGUGACAAAUACAGUGUUCCCUUGUGCCUAAAUAUUUCAAUGUACUUCCUAAGACUAGGGACCAGAUACUCUUUUAAAUGGUUGGUGCUGUUUAUUUUUAGCAAAUGACUAAAACACACAUGGGUGGCUUGCUCAACACCAUUUUGCUCAUUAUAAGCAAUUUGCUGGUAGACUGUGAAUUCAGAGUGGCAAGGUUGCCUCUUCUCUUUGCUCCGUUUUUGUCAAGUCACAACGUAGCCCGCCAGAGGGAAGAAGAGUGAGGGUGAAAGAUGAGCUGAAGGUGCCCCAUUCUAGAUCCUCACAACUGGAUCCAUUCAGGCCUUUAGACCUAGAGGUGGGUAGGUUUGUGCUGUGUGGGAAAGCUCUGGCCCACUCUGUGAGGAGCAGCGUGUGAAGCAAGUGUGGUUGACCACAGCAUGUUCGAGAACUUGAACACAGCCCUCACCCCAAAGCUCCAGGCGAGCCGCUCCUUUCCCCACUUGUCCAGGUCUGCGGCCCCCAGCUCUGCCACCCUGGGGCCUGUGGAGCCCGGAGGGCCAGGACUCUGGGCGGGCAGCAGCCAGCACCUCAAGAACCUGGGCAAAGCCAUGGGGGCCAAAGUGAACGACUUCCUGCGGAGGAAAGAGCCCUCGGGGCUGGGCGGCGUGGGCACAAUGGAAGUCAACAAGACGGCAGGGGCCCAGCUGGCCGGCGGGGCUGACGUGGAUGACGGAAGAUCAGCCCUGCAAGAUACAUUCCCUCGCCUGGAUCCUCCACCUCCCAUCACCAGGAAGCGAACCCCGCGAGCCCUGAAGACCACCCAGGACAUGCUGAUUUCAUCACAGCCUGUCCUAAGCAGUCUGGAGUAUGGGACUGAGCUGUCACCUGGGCAACCCCAGGACUCCUGUCCCGCUGCCCAGCCCAGCCCAGCAGAAGCUUCACAGCCAGAGGCCACCAUGGAAAUGGCGGACAGGGGCGAGGCUCUGCCCAACGGAGAGGUUUCCCUGUCGGUACCUGACCUCAUCCACAAGGACAGCCAGGACGAACCCAAGCUAAAGAUGACUGAGGGCAGAAGGGCCUCUUCCCCUGGCCUCAUCGAGAGAAACGGCCUCAAACUCAGCCUGAGCCCCAUCAGCCUGGCUGAGUCCCUGGAGGACAGCAGCCCGCCUCCUCGGGCACGGACCUCCAGCCUUGACAACGAGGGCCCUCACCCAGACCUGCUGUCCUUUGAGUAGAGCUGCUUCUGUCCUGCUGUGCGCUCCCUUCCCUCUGCUCUCCCCUCAGCCGUGCACCCAGGCCCUUGCCCCAGCCCCAACCUGCUGUUUGCCCUCCUCGCACAAGGCACCAGCAGGGAGCUGAUUCUCCCUCACGGGCUGUUGCAGGGCCAGAAGCCACAAGUAGCCCUACUUCUAGGGUCCAUCUGUGGGAUGGCAAAGGGACUCAGGUGCCAUCUCAGUUCCCCUGGGUGCUGGCUGCAGCUCUUGGAUAGCAGAGCGUCAUGGCUCCUCACUGGCUGCAGGACCAGCAGCCCAAGAUGAAGGAUCUUGCGGAAAUUCUCUUUGCCUGCCUCCUACAGGCUGCCUGCUCUUCUCCUUCCCAGGCCCUCAGGGUUCCUUCCUUCCCUUCCCUGGGGACCCAGUGUCCUCCUGCCUCAGGGGGAAUCAGGCUGGAGGAGGAAUUGCAGGUUUGGCUUGAUGACGGGCCCAGACCCAGAAAGCCACACACCCUGAGCACAGCCCAGUCACAGCUCCUUCUGGUCCCAAGAAAACGCAAGCCCCUGGUUGUCCCCUCACCUCUGCCUAGGUGGAUGAGGGUCAGGGGAGAGGCUUCCCAGGCCUGAGACCUUGGGCAGCCUUGUCACCCAGGGUUCACAGGGUGUUACUGAUCUAGCCACAUGGCGAACUUGGUGAGCACUCCCAGAGUAGGGGACACAGAGCCAGCCACCAAGAGCGCCUGCCCAGAGUGUGAGUCUGGAGAGGCACCGAGGAAGCAGAUGCAGCCUGCUACACUCGGGCUUCCCUUGCUGUGCGUGGGGACAGGGCCAGGCAGGCCGCAGCGGGAGCAGCAGAGCAAGUUGCGAUCCUGUUCGGGGGAAGGGCCCAGGAACCUAGCACCCAGGGAGCUGGUCCCCGAGAACCCAGAGCAGUAGUGGAGAUGGCAGUGUAGCAACCAGGAUGUGAAAAGAGCCAUUGUCGGGGCUCCUAGCAGCCUCUCAGGGGCCCCACCACCUGAGAUGCAAUUGUAGGGUCUAAGCAUGAUAAGUGCGAGAACCAGGGUGGAGAGAGUGAGAGGUUGGAACGCGGUGAGAACCGCGGGGCAGGCUGCUUUUCCUAAAGUAGGAAGCGCUCUGCUCUCCUGUAGGAGGUGCCCGCCCCGUGCCUGCCUCGGGGUCUUUGUGAGGGGCUGACCUGGUUCACCCAGCCCCGCUGGCUCCUGCCCCCCUGGGUUAACCCACUUUUGUGUUCCUGUCUCCUACCAGGGGUCCUGUCGUGCUGUCUUCCUGUGGGCAGGAGACCCUGUCGGGGGCUGAUCCCCACGCUGGGGGCCUUUGCAGCAAGGAGAGAACAGGCCUUUUCUUGAGCAGAGAGGCUGGUCCCAGGAGAAGGCUGGGAGUGGCACGUCUGGCCAGGGCGGGCAGUUCAACAGUCCUCCUCCUGUGAUUCCUGCCACCUCCCUUUUCUAUUCAUUGUUCUGCUUCCUACUCUGGGGGCCCCAGAGCUCAUUUCCCACUUCACCCAGUCAUCCCAUUUCUGUUCCCCUCGCCACCACCUCUGCCACAUAAAGUGUCCACGCUAACUCCUGCAGACCUGGGAGCCUCGGGACCCCCAGGCUGAGGCUGCCUUCCUGCAUCCUUGCUUCUGCAGCCGUGCACAUUGCCACAGCUCGCCCACCGCCUCCCGUUCCACCCCGUCUUGCACAGCGGAGCCUUGUUUCACCGUCCUCAGGAGGGUCCAGGCACGCCGAGUGCCAUGGUGAAGUGAGCAAGGCUGUUGCUGAAUUGAGUAGAUCGUGACUUACUCCAGGAACAGCACAAGGAUUUGGGGACCUGUGAGUUUUUCCAGAAUGGCUUGGGGUUCUGCACAAAAUGCAGAGCCGGGGGCCGGGGGCAGAGAACUAUGAACACACGUGCUGGGAGCAAGCCCAGUUUCCGCUGCGCUUCCACACCAGGAGCUUGGUUUGCUUCUCUGAUGGGAAGCUUACCAGGUACCUGCACUCUGGGCUGCUCCUCCCCUAUAGACCAGGGUGGCUCUGGCCAGGUGAUACUGCAGCCGUAGGUACAGAGGUUGCGGGGCCAGGCUGCCUUAAGCACCUUGCUCUCUACGCCACAUCCAGCCUCCGAUGAAGUCCUGGCCCUCCGACCCGGGAUUAGCACAGGGGUCCUACCAGGCUUUCCCAGGACCACUCAGAUUCAUGUCUGGUACCAAAUAAGGGUCUGUGGGACUCUACUGCAAUCUCUAGGCGGCCUCUCUGUGAUCACCUCAGCCAUCCUUCUGCAGUGGGAGUGAUUCUGCUACCAGGGGUGGGGCGAGGUGGGCGGGGACACUCUCUGAGGCUGAAAUCUGGUCCUAGAUGCUGCAGGUAGUGCCGGUGCCUGGGGCUAAGUGUUACCCAGAGGCCAGCAGAACGACGACUUCUAUCCUGCUGAGGGUCUCGGCUCAGACCAGGCCUCUAGCCUAAGCCCCACCUGGCUUCCUGUGUCCAUCUCGACAGCCUGAGCUUCCUGUGCCUGCAGCAUGGCAGUCCCCUCCCCACCUGACCACCCCUCGCCAUGCUGAGUCCGGCUUCUCUGAGUGGCCCAGUGUGCUCAAGGGCAGGGUACCGAGGAGGAAUGAAAGGCCUGUCUUCUCUGUCCAUGUAAGGAAGUCUUUUCUCUCCCCGUUGCUCACCCAUGCCCCGUGUCCCCAGAGUCAGCGGCAGCUUUACCCUGAUAGAUACAAGGUGAGCUUCCAGAACCUGGCAGGAGGGUGGCGUGUUCCCCGGCAGGGAGAGAAAUGUGUCUGUGUUAAUGAGUGUGGGUGACAGGAAGACGAACAUUCGAAGAAUCCAUCAACUUUUAAAGAACAAAGAGGUUGGCCUCAGGCUGGGGGACGAAGGAUACUACAGAGCUAUUCUGAGGAUUUUCUAGAGAUUUUAUAUUUAUAUUUUUAGUAAUUUUUCUGGUAGAAGGAAACCGUACAAUAAAAUCAUUUGGUUUG